AACAGGUGGAAAGGUUUUAAAGGCUUUUUAUCUGUCUUUAAAUCAUGCACUGCUUUUGAUCUCUGGGUCAGCACGCAUCGUUCUUUGCCAACUAUUUUUUGAAAGGGUGGUUAGAUGAGCCCAUAUCUCGCCUCGCAAUUAAGGGCUUGAGGUGGGUGAGGGGGAAAUCUAAAGUCGAACACGUUUUUCUUUUCUCAUGGGAGGAGCAAACGGUGCAGGGAAAUAGAUAAAAACUCUGUUUAAGAAGCUGGAGUGACUGCAAUAUGAUCUUCGCCUAAAUAUCUUAGUCACACAAUUAUCGCUUACACUGGAGUUUUCGGUGGUCGUGUCUUAAAUCAGAAUUUAACCUCCCUACAUCCCGUUUGCAUGCUUUUGUUAUGUUGAACGCGGUAAAGCGCGUGUUCACGACGAGUUUCAUGUAAUUAGUCGGGUUAUCAACCUGUUGGUAGUCCUUCAGGAGCGCACUGAAAUAUACACGGAGUAUUGGAAGAUCUAACUUACUCCAGAAAACACCCUGACAGAUUUAACAGAUAAAGGAUCUACUGGGGAAAGAGUGCUGUGAAUGUAAGAUCGGGUAUUUACAGACUUAACUAUUUCGCUUGCUCUAGUAAAUCCCACGCGUAAAAGUGCUCUAGAAGUGGUACAUAUGCAGAAUAACAUUCACCUCCGCAAAUCCCGAAGGAUAUCAGUUCAGGUGUUCACUUCAAGUUCUCACGGAGUUUUGCAUCCCUCCAAGGACUUGCUUUGCUUGUUGCGAUAAAGCAUCUCGUCCUCCGGUUAUAGGCAACCCAUCAGGACACUAUUAUAAUUUCACCGUCGAUUUGCAAAUUAAAGGCUGAACAUGAGUAGGAAAACACGCCGAUGGAUUUUUCACAUUUUCCUCUGCUUGGGGAUUAUAUAUUUGAAGAUUGGCGGCUUUUCCUCCGUGGUUGCGUUGGGAGCCAGUAUUAUCUGUAACAAAAUUCCUGGUUUGGCCCCUCGUCAAAGGACUAUCUGUCAAAGCCGACCUGACGCUAUCAUUGUCAUUGGAGAAGGAGCGCAAAUGGGAAUCAAUGAGUGUCAGUUUCAAUUCAAAAAUGGAAGGUGGAACUGCUCGGCCCUUGGGGAGAGAACUGUCUUUGGAAAAGAGUUGAAAGUGGGCAGUAAAGAGGCUGCUUUCACCUAUGCCAUUGUCGCUGCUGGGGUUGCCCAUGCCAUCACAGCAGCCUGCACUCAGGGAACGCUGAGUGGAUGUGGCUGUGACAAGGAGAAACAGGGCUUCUACAACCAGGAGGAGGGCUGGAAGUGGGGUGGAUGCUCGGCCGAUAUCCACUAUGGCCUGAGCUUCUCAAAGGUGUUUGUAGACGCACGAGAGAUCAAGCAGAAUGCCAGAACACUCAUGAACCUCCAUAACAACGAAGUGGGGCGCAAGAUCUUGGAAAAGAACAUGCGGUUAGAGUGUAAAUGUCAUGGUGUUUCUGGGUCCUGCACCACAAAGACUUGCUGGACCACUCUCCCAAAGUUCCGCCAGCUGGGUUACAUCCUCAAAGAGAAGUUUAACCACGCCGUGCAUGUGGAACCGGUCCGAGCCAGUCGGAACAAGAGACCUACUUUCCUGAAGAUUAAAAAACCUUACUCAUACCGGAAGCCCAUGGACACUGAUUUGGUGUACAUUGAGAAGUCGCCCAACUAUUGCGAGGCAGAUGCAGUGACUGGUAGCAUGGGAACCCAGGGCAGGAUCUGCAACAAGACUGCCCAGCAGGCCAACGGCUGCGACCUUAUGUGCUGCGGCCGAGGAUAUAACACACACCAGUACUCGCGUGUAUGGCAGUGCAACUGCAAGUUUCUUUGGUGUUGCUACGUCAAGUGCAACACCUGCAGUGAAAGGACAGAAGUGUACACGUGUAAGUGAAAUAUUUAUUGCUGGGCUAUUUAUGCACACCUGACUCAUGUGGUAGAAGGUAUACAAGAGUCACAACAAUGAUGAUGACCCCUGCCAUGGAUUCAAGUUAUUGAGAGGAAAGAGCCAUUUGCACAGGAAAACUUGGGUCUGGCGUGUCUCUAUAACCGUGAGUCUAGACAAAGUAAUUGCAGGCAAUGAAAGCAGCAUUGCUCAAGAGCUCUGCUGAGGGUGUUGGUACCAGUAGACACCUAUCUGUUCCAGUGCUGAGCAACAGAGCGAAGUAGCCAACAAAGGCUUGAUGAUCUGUUGACCAUGAGAAAGAUGUGGGUUGCACUUGUAGGGUGUUCUGCUCCAUAGGUAGUGAGGAAGGCCUUCUCAAGGAACUUUUGGCAUAAAGAUGUACAUGGACUCAACAAUUACUAUAUUUAACUGUUUAUUUAGAGAAAACAUCUAAUGUUAAUUUAUUUAAUAAUGAAACUACUGAUUUAUUCUCAUUGUGUUUACUAGAUUAGAUUUAGUUUUUCUGCUGUUUUGAUAUUGUGUGUAUUGCAUAGAAAUAAACGGUCCAACUUUUACACAUGUACACCAUGUGCUUUAGCUUAGGGAUGAAACUACAACAAUGCACAGUAUAAAACAACAACAGUGCACUGCACUCAAGGUGUAAUUACUAGUCUCUGAAAGCAGAGUCUCAGCUGUCUUUUUCAUUGCAAGUCUUUGUGCUGCCAUUUUCCCUCUCUACUUCCUAUGUACAAAUACACACUGGAAUUGUGCAUCAUGUUUGAAGGCUAAUUUCUUCCAAAGUGAAUGUACAAGUACUUUUGCUUUUCAGAAUUGGUCCACAAGACCAAUAAAGUGGAAUAGGCCAAUUAAAAUAGAAGUGUAUAUACAUAGGAUCUCAACUCAGAAGUCUUUAGAACCAUCUGAUUAACCGCUUACAUUUCAACUUCAUGACCUCAGUUGACACAAAGCUUUAUGCUAAUGAGGCCCCAGGCUUUCCUCUCUUUGCGCUAAUUUUUGCUCUGUUGGCAGAGAAACAGAAUCGGCAAUUAAUUCACUUUGGAAUGGAAUAGCCUACAUACAGGAUAUGCCUCAACCUGCUACUGAUGUCGAAUGUUAAGAUCAGAUAACCAACACUGUUAAUGCUAUACAUACAUUAUAGGUAAUAUAACACUUUUUUGCUGCUAGUUCUGUUCUGCGACAGUAGUUAAUAGUAGUAUUUUGCGCAAUGUGAGCAAAUGUGGCUGUCCAGACAUAUUGUCCCUGUGUUGACAUAUAUUUUGUAAGAGAUUAUUUUUAUAUGAGUAUUUUAUUUAUUUUGUGUAGAGUAAAAUCCAACUACCAAUGUCCUUUAGAUGGAAAGAAGUUAGGGAGAUAAGCUAGAAACAGUGCGGGCAUGAUUGUGUCAUGGUACCAGCUUGAUCAAUUGUGUUUAUUAUGUAUACCGUUACUACAUCUCAAUGAUGGUGUAGUACGCCAAGUACAUAAUGGUGAAUUAUUUCAUAUUUUAAGGUGAUAAGACAAACAAACAAGUUUUCCAUCAUACAGUAUACAUUUAAACUUAGCAUUUUCAUGACAAAGGUCCUGUGAGAUCAAUAAGGGAAUCUAUAGUGAAAUACUCCUGGGACAAAACUCUCUGCUAUUGAGAACAAUGCAUGACUUUUAGAGGGUUUUCACCAAAGAACUGAAUUUGAGCAGUGAGCAUGACCCUUUGUCAAGAGUUUUGUCUAAAAACCGGAUGCCUUGAUGUCAUAUUUUACAACAGUCAGUAAUUUCAACAGAUGUUUUCCCAAAUUGAUCGUACUACAUGAUUGUGUCCUCAUAAAGGAUUUUAAAAAAUGUGCAUUGUGUUAAUGACAAUGUUAAUAAAUAUUUCUGUG